CAAAGGAAACCAUGAAGGCGGCGGUGCGGCCUCUCGUGCUCGUCAUCGCUCUCCUUUCCUUCUUCUCCCUUUUCCUCCUCUCCUCCAAAUCCACUCCCUUCUCGUCCUUUAAAUCUUCUCUCUCUCCUAUCGCCGCCGCCGCCCGCCUCAAGGUUUUCGUCGCCGACCUCCCCCGCGCCCUCAACUACGGCAUUCUCGAUGAGUACUGGUCCCUCUCGGCUCCGGACUCUAGGAUCGGAGUCGAUCCGGACGCCGCUCUACGCCCCGUCGUCGCUGCCGCUUCUUCCGGGCGGAAGCCCUACCCGGAAAACCCCCUCAUCAAACAAUACAGCGCCGAGUACUGGCUCCUGGCCGACCUGGAGACGCGCGAUCGGGGAUCCGUCGCCGAGAGGGUGUAUGAUUUGGACUCUGCGGACGUAGUGUUCGUGCCCUUCUUCGCCACGCUCAGCGCGGAGAUGGAGCUCGGGUGGGGGAGGAAAGGUGGUUUUUUGAAGAAGGAUGAGGGAAAUGGAGACUACAGGCGACAGCGUGAGGUGGUGAAUCGGAUCAGGGCAUCGGAGGCGUGGAGGAGAUCUGGUGGCAGGGACCAUGUGUUCGUCUUGACAGAUCCAGUUGCAAUGUGGCAUGUUAGGAAUGAUAUUGCUCCAGCAAUUCUUCUAGUGGUUGAUUUUGGUGGAUGGUAUAAGAUUGACUCCAAAACAUCAGGAAACACUUCAGGGAUGAUACAACACACUCAGGUAUCCUUGCUUAAAGAUGUUAUUGUUCCUUACACUCAUCUGCUACCAAGACUGCAAUUGUUGGAGAAUCAACACAGGCAUAUCCUUCUCUACUUUAAAGGCGCUAAACACAGGCAUCGGGGAGGUUUGGUUCGUGAAAAGAUAUGGGAUAUACUGGUUAAUGAGCCUGGUGUAGUAGUAGAAGAAGGCUUCCCGAAUGCCACUGGCCGUGAGCAAUCAAUCAAAGGAAUGCGGUCCUCGGAAUUUUGUUUGCACCCUGCAGGCGAUACGCCAACCUCAUGUCGUCUUUUUGAUGCCAUUUUUAGCCUUUGUAUACCUGUCAUCGUUAGUGAUGAAAUAGAGCUUCCAUUCGAAGGAAUGGUAGAUUACUCCGACUUCUCAGUUUUUGUGCCAGUCAGCAAAGCCUUGCAACCAAAAUGGCUUGUGACCUACUUGAAGAGUAUCUCCGAACAACAGAAGGAUAUAUUUCGUUCCAAUAUGGCACGAGUACAGCCUAUGUUCGACUAUGAGAAUGCCAACAGCACAGGGAGUGCCCCUCUAGGUGGUGCAGUGAACCACAUAUGGAGAAAGAUCUAUCAUAAGGUACCAAUGAUCAAGGAAGCAAUGAUGAGGGAGAAACGAAAACCGGAAGGCGUAUCAAGACCGUUGCGCUGCCAUUGCACUUGAUCAACUCCCUUGUUUCUGAAAGCUGGCAACAAAUUGUUAAUCUGUUUGUGUUCAUUCUUCUGUAACAGAUCAGGAAUGUGUAAAGUCUCUUUCGAGUCAUGAAGAAUUUGCAGAUAAUGGUGAUACGACGAUGUAAAACUAUGAAAAGUUGUUCUUCUAAUGCCAUUCUAACACUUUAGUCC